AUGGGCGUCGCUCUGCUCCUGAUGGUCCUGGCGGUCGUCGAGACGACCCGAGGGGCCGAGGAGCACGCCCUCCGGAGGAGCAGCGCCCCCGGCCUGGACGAUUUCGACUUUCUUGCCUAUUCGAGGAAGUACGACAAGGACCCGGUCGUGUUCUCGAAGCGGGCCACCAUCCUCUGGGACAAUCUCAUGGUGACCCUGAAGAAAGCCCUAAACGACCAGGGCCUGAGCGGAGGGGGCGGCGGGGAAAGGUCCAUCUCCAGGGCACCGUCCCAUGGGCCGGUCUCCGGCUCGCGGAUCGUUCCUGCCGCUGACGGACAGACGAUGGACCUUCAACGCCGAGGCCAAGCAAGAGGGAGCGUAUAUUGGCGCUGCUAUUUCAACGCCGUGUCGUGCUUCAAGAGGAAGUGAUCCCAGCAAGAAGAACCGACGUCCCCGACGAACUCUUCCGUUACUUACGACAUGACCGGUUUUAUGUAAUUAAACGUCGAAACCUCCUCGAAAGGGGAGCGCCUCCUCCCUGCCGAGAGAACUAACGCCUUUA